AUGGUGGACUCAUAAUAGAAACCAAGUUCGCAUUGAGACGCAGAGCUCCAAUGGCUUCCAUCGACUAUUCAGCCAUUAUCCCUCUUACCUUUAUCAUAUCUUUUCUUUUCAUAAUUUUCUCUCGAAUUUGGAGAUGGAAUUCAAAUGGAAUGGAAACUCUUCCUUGGAAUUGGCCAAUCUUGGGUAUGAUUCCCCAUCUUAUUGCUCAUCACCAUCGAGUUCAUGAUCGUAUAGCUGAAGUCUUAAUUGAAUCCAGUCAAAAUUUCUUCUUCAAAGGUGUUUGGUUCUCAAGUACGGACUUCCUCCUCACUGCUGACCCUUCAAAUGUCAACCACAUUUUGAGUGUCCAUUUCGAACGUUACCCAAAAGGCCCUGACUUCAACUACAUUUUUGAUAUCUUGGGAGAUGGGAUUUUCAACUCCGAUUCUGAUGUUUGGAAAAAUCAACGCAAAACUGCUCUGUCCUUGGUUGGACAUGAGAGUUUUCAUAAAUUCUUGGAGAAAAUUACAUUGAAGAAAGUGAAGGAAGGGCUUGUUCCUGUUCUUCAAAGUGCUUGUGAAAAUGGGUCAGUGUUGGAUUUGCAAGAUUUGUUUCAAAGGUUCUCUUUUGAUUCAACUUGUUUGUUCGUCACUGGCUUCGACUUCCAUAGUUUGUCUCUUGAAUUCCCUCAAGUCCCUUUCUCAAGAGCUGUGGAUGAAGCCGAGGAAGUGAUUCUUAUUCGCCAUGUUUUUCCUAAAAUGUUGUGGGAUUUUGAAGAAAAAUUCCAAAUUGGACAAGCCAAGAAGAUGAAACAAGCUUGGAAAAUCAUAGAUCAAGUAAUUGCAGAAUUGAUAGCCUCAAAAAGAGAGAGCUUGAAGAAGAAUUUAAAAGAAAAAGAAGAUGAAGGAGCUGAUUUGAUCACAUCAUAUAUGAAAGACUACAAAGAAAAUGACGAUAAGGUUUUAAGAGACACUGUAUUGAAUUUCAUGGUUGCAGGUAGGGACACUCUAAGUGCAGCUCUCUCUUGGUUUUUCUUUUGUCUUUCGAAAAAUCCAAUCGUCGUUGAGAAGAUCAGAGAAGAGCUGAGAACAACGGUUCCAACAAACGAAGCAUGUGAUCAAUGGCGGAUAUUUUCUAUUGAAGAGGUAGAUAAGUUAGUUUACUUCCAUGGAUCUUUGUGUGAAUCUCUUAGAUUAUAUCCUCCAGUCCCAGUCAAUCACAAGGUGGCUGUACAACCUGACAUUCUUCCAUCAGGUCAUCACAUAAAACCCAAAACAAAGAUUUUGCUGUCUAUAUAUGCAUUGGGAAGAAUGAGUGAUGUUUGGGGAAAAGAUUGCUUGGAAUUUAAGCCAGAGAGAUGGAUUUCUGAAAAUGGAAAGAUCAAACAUUUUCCAUCUUAUAAAUUCUUGUCAUUCAAUGCUGGGCCAAGAACAUGCUUGGGGAAACAAGUGGCUUUCACUGAGUUGAAAAUAGUAGCAGCUGCCAUUAUUCAUAACUACAAUAUUAUUCAACAAACAGGGCAUCAGCCGCACAUCGUUCAAGCGCAGGCGAAGCCAUCCGCCGAGUAGUUAUCGUCGCAUUCGUCCGCUCAAGCCGAAUCCAUUUGAGCCAUUGGAUCAAAGUAUUAUUAUUGGUGUAAAAAUUGCAUCAAUAAAAGUAUAUUAAAUGUUAUGAGCCAACAGAUAGAAGUCGGUGUUAAUAGGUGACAAUAAACUCAAAUAGCACCCAUCAGAGUGGAGAUAUGGAAAGAAAGGCCACAAUUGGUUUCUGCCUAACAACGCCAAUAGAUGCAUCAUUAUUUGUGAAAAUGAUAUGACGUCGCUACGCUCUAACGUUUAUGCAUGCGACAACUUCCUUGCAACAUCUUAGCUUUGUCCAUGUUACAAAUUUUAUAUAUAAUAAUUUGUUUCUGCAGCCACCCGACCUAUCUCCGCUUCCAACCCCUUUUUGACGUCUUCCUCUCUAUUUUAUAAGCUCGCUUGGAUAGUUUAUGUACUUAUCUCUUUCCCAUUGCUCUUCGUGUCGAGAAUAUGGGCUAAGGCGUACUAUGUUUUAGUUUUGGUUCUC